AUCAGAUGUGGCAACAGCAGGCAGAGGUGGAGGAGCCAGAGCAACAAUCGAGCGGAAAAUCAAUGAGCAGCAGGCGGAGGCACAGAAAGCCCAAGGCAAUAGCACUAUUACCAAGACAUUUAAACCGCGCCCGAUCCCAUUAAUCCGACCAGCUCGAGGAUGCAACAGGCUGGCCAACUGACGCCCCAGCAACUGCAGCAACAGCAGCAGCAGCUCCAGCAGCAGCAGCAACUGCAACAGAAUGGCGGCGACUUGUCCGCCUACGCCUCCCAGCCGGGGGUCAGUAGGCGUGGCCCCAUAAGCGGCGGCCGCUUCGACUUUGAGGAUGGCGGCACGUACUGCGGCGGAUGGGACGAGGGCAAGGCGCACGGACACGGAGUCUGUACGGGUCCCAAGCACCAGGGCGCCUAUGCCGGAGCCUGGAACUACGGAUUCGAGGUCUCCGGCUCAUACAUCUGGCCCAGCGGAUCACACUACGAGGGCCAGUGGCAGAACGGACGCCGUCAUGGCCUGGGCGUGGAGCAGAUCGGGCGGCAGAUCUACCGCGGCGAGUGGUCCAAGGAUGGGCACAAGGGACGCUACGGUGUCCGGGAGAGCACGGUGUCGACGGCCAAGUACGAGGGCACCUGGAACGAGGGCUAUCAGGACGGGUCCGGAUGCGAGACCUACGCGGAUGGAGGCAAGUACCAGGGCCAGUGGCAGGAGGGCAAGCGACACGGGUAUGGAAUCCGCACCUCGGCCCCCUUUGGCCUGGCCUCUCACCACCGCCGUAAGAACCUGCACGCCUCCCUCAGCUCCCUGCGGAGCGGAGAGAACGGAAACGCGGCCAAGAUGGUGGAGAAGGCGGAGGAGAUCCGGGGCGGAUUCGUCCUCACGGCUAAGUCGGACAAGCUUCCGGUGCGCCGCAACAGCCUGACGGACAAGACCGGCAAGAAGGGCUUCCUGAUGGGCCUCAAGAUGCGAAAGCAGCGAAGCACCGGGGAUCUGGAGAAGCGUGGAACCAUCGCUUCGGGCAGUAUACGCUCCACCAUGUCCUCGGCUUCCUGGAUUAGCACCGGCUCCGAGCAGUCCAACCUGACCACAAAAUCCAAUCACACAGAGUCCAAUGCCAGUUUCACCAUGGACGAUGAGCAACUGGACCCCACUGUGGUUGAGACCUACAUGGGCGAGUGGAAGAAGGACAAGCGUUGUGGUCACGGUGUGGCCGAACGCAGUGAUGGACUCAAAUACGAGGGCGAGUGGUAUAAUAACCGCAAGCAUGGCUAUGGUGUUACCACCUUCCGGGACGGCACCGUCGAGGAGGGCAAGUACAAGAACAACAUCCUGAUCACCAGCCAGAAGAAGAAGCAUUUGUUCCUGGCGCGCUCCCGCAAAUUCCGCGACCGCAUCACGGCGGCGGUGAAUGCGGCCCAGCGCGCCCUCAAGAUGGCCAUGCAGCGGUCGGACAUGGCCAUUUCCCGCAUGGCCACCGCCGCGGCCAAGGCCCAGAACGCGGACAUGGCCGCCGAGCAGGCGCGCAUCGAUUGCGAGAAUGCCGUUCGGAUGGCGCGCGAGUUUGCUCCGGACUUCAAGCCGUCGGUGCUGGAGCGGUUCGAAAAGCUGCGCUUCCGGGAGCGGGAACGCUUCCGUCCCGGGCAGUCGGCCGCCUCCGAUGCCAACGUGAAGAUGGGCGUGGGCAUGCAGCCGUCGCAGCAGCAGUCGCAGCAGCAGGCGGGCCAGUUCUCGCCGGCGAGCAGCAGCGGCUCGGACGCCUAUGCCACGCAGGCCCAGCGCCAGCAGCAAUAUCUGAACAUGCAACAGGUGCAGCAGCAGCAGCGUCGGAUGUCGCAGCAGAAGCAGGAGUCCGAGUGCCCGGUGCCGUCGUCCAUGUACUCGCAGCAGCUGCCCGUAUCGCCGCAGACGGACCUCUCCGGCAUGGUCAGCCAGGGCCAGCCCAGCCACGCCCAGGUGAUCAGCGCCAUCAAUCAGAUGUACCAUCAGCAGCAGCACCAGCAGCAGCAGCAUCAACAGCUGCAGCAGCAGCAGCCGUCGCAGCAACAGAGCAAUCCGCAAAUGAAUCCUGCAUAUCAGUUCCAGCAGCAGCAGCCGCCUGGCCAGGCCAAGAUCAAUUCCAAUCUGAAUGCCAACCUCAAACAGAACCAGAACCAGAACCAGGUCCAAGGUCAAACCCAAAACCAGAAGCAAGUGCCCUUCGGGGCGGGCACAAACGUGGCUGGCCUGUCGCCGCAACAACAGCAACUUCUGCAGCAGCAGCAACUCCAGCAGCAGCAACAGCAACAGCAACUCCUACAACAACAGCAGCAGCAGCAACAGCAACUCCUGCAGCAGCAGCAGCUCCAGCAGCAGCAACUCCAUCAGCAGCAGCAACAGCAACUCCAGCAGCAACCCUCGCUGCAUGCCUCGCCCAGCCACAAUGCCUCGAACCUGCUGCGCCGCGCCUCGCAAAUGCAACAGCAGCAGCUCCAGGAGGCGGCCAGUGCCGCCGCCAUGUCGGCCAAUGCCGCUGCCAUGGCCGCCGCCCAGCAGCAGCAGCGCAGCGGCCGCCCGCCCAUGCUGGGCCAGAUGGGCCAGCAGUCCUCCAUCGACCACUUCGACCACUACAAGCGACCGCCCAGCCGCGACUCCUCCAUCGAUCGGUACGCCCGGGCGGCCAGCAGGCUGAGCGGCGCCUUUGCCGGCUCGCGGCAGACCUCGCUGGACCGCUCCGGCCUCGCCGAUCCGCUGACCAACGGCGGCACCAGCACUCCCGACGGCCGCCAGCGGGCGGGCUCAGUAUUCCGCGGAUCCACCCCGCAACCAGGAGCCGGAGCCUCGCAGAUGACGGGCAACGGAUCGCUGCCCUCGGGCAAUGGUUCCGCGGCCGGAGGGCGUCUAUCGCGUGCUGGCACGCCCAGUUUGGGGUCCGGAGGACGGGCGCCCAGUCAAAGCAACGCGGAGCCGCUGUUCUCCUCGCCCAACCAGCCGUUCGAGGAUGUGCUGCUGCGCCAGCGGACACUUGGCCAGGACAUCAUUCCCUCGCCCUCGCAGCCCAAGCGCACGGAGAGCCUGUAUCUGCCGGCCAAGCCGGCCACGCCCGUGGGCAUGGCCAUGGGCGGCAAAGGAGGCGGUGGAGGAGGCGGCGGCGGCGGUGGCGGUGGCGGCAAGAAAAUGAAGUCGGUGCCCAUUAAUGUGACGCUGCAAAGGAAAAAGUCCAUGCCAGAUUUCCAGGAGCUGCCCCGCGCCACCGAGGCCAUGAGCCGGGAGGAGGUAUCCGCCCUUGGCUCGGCCCGGCGGGAGGCAGUGCGUCGCCAGAUCGAGGUCAACGAACGCCUUCGAGCGAAUCCGUUGUUGUACUUGGUCAGUCCACAGGUUAGGGAUUGGUUUGUGCGCCAACAGCUGAUGCUGAUUGUCCUGUUUUUCAAUGCGGCGUUGGCGCUGCUGUUUGUUUACAUGCUCACCUAGCGCUGGCGGAGGCGCAGGAUGCGGCGGGUCAGAGGUGGAUUUGGAUGGGAUUUGGAUGCCGUGCACCACCUGGCUAUGAGCCACUGUGGUUUCGGCCACCAGAUCCGAGCAAAGUCCGCAAAAAGCCGCUGUUUUGUGGGCUUUUUGUAGGCCACUGCAACGCCGCGAUUUGUUUUUGGUGGGUGGGUUUGGGGGGUAUAUUGAGAGCUAAUAAGUUUUUAGCAUUUGCAGUAACCAAUUAAAAAAAAAAAACAUUUAAGUAAAGUACCAUUUAUAUAAUGAUAUGUAUAUCAGAUGUGUAACACGCUAAACGAUGGGAAAACAUAAAUCGAAUUAAAAGUCUAGACUGCAGCCAAAUAAUGGAUAAUUAAAUUAUAAAUCAUAGCGCAGGACUGCAAUGCACAAACCGUAGUAAACCUAAUUGAAUCUUUCAUUUGUCGAGCCAAUUAAAAAUUUGUAUUUGCCGCUGAGGGGGAGCUGGAUAAGAGAUCCAAUAAAAACUAUAUGCAAAUCAAUUUAACGAAUUUUUCUACACAUCUAAUGUAAAGGUAAACGGCGUGAAACCAGUGUUUAAUCAAUGUUUAAUCAUGAUACCAAAAUAAACGCAUAAUUUACUUCAA